AUGCAGAGAAUACGAAAGGAGGACUACCUCAGGAAGUGUAAAAACCGGGACGACUUCGUUUACACCCACGUGAGGGACAUACUAUCCCACCAGCCCUUCGACGAAAUUUUAGAAUAUCAAAAUGGGGAUGUUUACAUCGGCACGACCAAGAAUAGGAAGCGACACGGUUAUGGCUACUACAUCUACAAGGAGAUUGGGAGCGUUUAUCAGGGCGAAUGGAUCGAAAAUGCGAAGAGCGGCUAUGGGACGUUGUACAACCCGCAGGGAAUUGUCUACUCUGGUGAUACCAUCUCACGUUUGGUGCGCAAGCAAAUUUUUGAUCACCUGUUUGGCGUAGACAUAUCAUUUGUGCAAUUUUUUUCAAAGGGGGGAGGAAAUGGGGAGAGAAAGGGCAGCCCCGGUGGAGGCUUCUUAAGCUACGUGAACUAUGAAUCGAGGAUGAAUUUUCUGAAGGGGCUAAUUAGCAAAGGGGAGAAAGGAGGAAUAGGGGAGGAGGGACAACCUGAUGGUAGUGUAGGCAGCACGGAUGACUCAGUUUGGAAUUCCCUUUCCAAGGGGGAGACCAACCAGCGCAGUGGUUGCAAUUUUUUCCCAUUUCAUGAGGAUAUGGAUCCAUGGGGGAAUUUAUCCUCGAGGGAGGCAGCAAAAGGUUCAACAAGGCAUCACACGAGUAAUGAGGGAAGAUGCCCUCUCUCUGUGGACCCCUCAGUGGGGGGAGCAAACUGUUUGUAUAACGCAAAUGAUUUUUUCAAGUCCACUCCACACCUUCCUAAAUUGACGCACUUUCUUUAUAAGUCCGACUCGGAGAACGCAAGCGAGUUUUUCCCGGACGUGACUCCCUCCAGUGCGUCCUCCCCCGAACGGCACUUUAAAGUGAAGAAAAAAAUAACGGCGCCGAUUCGUUCAGUUUUCCAUUCAAACACUGGCACGAAGGAAAAGAGGAUAACAACACAUAUGAGACAGGGGAAAGGAAGGAGAUUAAAAUUGUACAAGCUACUUGUGGGUGGAUGUUCUAAGGUGGGUUGUGGCAGGGCCAAAGGAGAAGAAGGUGCCGUGUCGAAUGAUCCGAGUGAAUCGACUGCAGAGUGUAGGGGUGCCCAGUAUUGGAGCGGAGAUUCGACACAUUACCACAUAUUUGUUAUUCUCCAUUUGUUCGGCCUGCACAAAUACAUAGCAGCUUUCAAGUACAACCACAUCAAGGGUGUCCACUUUUUCACACUUAAUCGGAAAAUCCUGAGGAUGCUGGGGGUGGAUAAAAAUGAACAUAUAUACUUCCUGCUUAAUUUUGUAAAUGCAUUUAGUAGUCUACAUAAUACGUAUUUGGAGAUGCUUGUCCCUUGGGGGAACAUAACAGGGGACGCGUUGGUAACGUUCAGCUCGAUCCCCAAGUCGGAGUUGGUUGUGCUGAACCGGUUGGGCAGACGCGGAGCUGGGAAGGCAUCAUACCUGUGUUACUAUGCAAAUGCCCCCGUGAGGUUGAAAAUGUUUUCGGGGAAGGAGAGCCAAGUGGGCCGGUCUCCCAUAGAAGCGUCAGGUGACGAGAGGGAUGUCGUACCACGUGAUGACUCGAGUGCAGUUAGGGAUGGCGUACCACAUGAUGACUCGACUGCAGUUAGGGAUGUCGUGCCACAUGGUGACUCCAGUGCAGUUAGGGAUGACGUACCACAUGAUGACUCGACUGCAGUUAGGGAUGUCGUACCACAUGAUGACUCGACUGCAGUUAGGGAUGUCGUACCACAUGAUGACUCGACUGCAGUUAGGGAUGACCAACCGGGUGCUUCUCCCUGUGAUGAUGGCACCGCCGAAGGGGCACACUUCCACCUGGAUAAUCCCCUCCUGACCGCCGCGCAUAAGCUUCUAUUCGAUGAGCAACAGCUUAACAACAUAGGGGAAAGCAUCAUGGAUGGUUGGGGCAGCAUCAAAAGUAACCUAGUCAAUCUGAAGUCGCACGAUAUGUUUAAGCGGUUGAAAGGAGGGGAUCUUCAUCUAAGGGACCAAGUGGAAGGAAAUAAACAGAACGAGAAAAGGGAGAAGGAAGACGCAGAGGACAAACCAGCAACCCUGAUGGAAAGGAUACAAAGAAGAACAGAAUUCAUGAAGGAGCAUUUUGUCCUCUCAAAUUUGAGACACCCCAAUGUGAUCAAAUACAUAGGCAACGUUAUAAGUAGGAAGAAGAAAAAAUUCGGUUUGGUUUUUGAGUUCCUGAGCGGGAUCGCGGAGGAGGGUAAAAACCAAAACAGCCACGCAGAUGGUGUCAGUACCACACAGGGAAGAAGCAAACACUUCAGGGGCAGUUAUAACCACGUGGAGGGAGAAAAAAUGAGUUUGCCUUUACCAUACAUAACCAGCAUGAAUGAAGUAAAAAAUAUGAACGCCAUGAUGAUCAUGACCUCUCCUUUGCUACUGUUCCAAGCCAAAAAAUUCGACAAGCGAAAUAUCCGUUGUGAUGACCCCUAUGCCGCACCAGAAUUAUUAAGGGAAGAAGAGUGCACAGAAAAAUGUGACAUCUACUCAUUUGGAGUCGUUAUGUAUGAAAUUCUGUUUGGUGGUUUUCCAUUCAUGAGUGACUACAUGCCAUCGUUCUUUUGGACGUCUACUUGCUUCCACGAGAAAUUCAUCUACAUCGAUGUGAAGAAGUUACAUCGGAAAUUUCCUAAUAGGAAGGUGUUCCAUUUGGUAGUGAGUAACGUCCUACUGGUCAUGCGCCAGUGCCUUAACCCGGAACCUACUUGUAGACCCGAUUCGGCCUACCUGUGCAGGUACUUCGGGCGUUUGGUCGACCGGCUCGGCUAG